GUAUCCAUGUGGAUCAUGAUGGGAAGGCAGAUGCAGGAAACCCUCCUCAGACUGCUGUUCAGACGCGACAGGAGGCUGUUGAAAUCACCCGGCUUCCGUUUCUAACCGUGCCGUCUCUGCGUUUUCCUUUACAUAUGUGUGUAAUUCAGAGACGCCGCUUCCACCGGCCUAAAGACUAAAAUGACAGGCCUCUGCCAUGCUGUCCUGUUUUUCCUAUGGUGGGACGUAGCGCUGGCCGUCGUCGUGCCUUCACCAACAAAUGUAAAACUUCACUGCCAUAACUUUGACAACCUGCUGACUUGGAAUUAUGACGAGUUUCCUCCUGGGCUCCAAUUUAAAGUUGAAAUCUUCCCGUAUUCAGAAGACAAAGGCUGUACGGACCCCUUGUGGGUGGAGCCACCAACGCUGGAGGCUAACCUGUCCCAUCUGUCAGAUCCAGAAAAUUCCUACUGGGUCACAGUGAAAGCUGUGAUGGAGAACCAGUCUGAGCCCUUACCGGAUGGUGGCGUCGAAUUCAGCUAUAGUAAAUUAUCCCUAGUGUCCCAGCACUGUUCUGUGGACCUCCCUCCUCUUACUGUCACUCCUCUACCAGACCGCCAAAUCCGAAUCCAGUUCCAGCACCCCUGGGAGUUUUACAAGUCCAAAAUCCAAAGCUGUAAGAAACGGAAGAGGAAAAGGGAACUCCCAACUUUCAAAUACGAUGUUACUGUUGACAAAAAGACGGACACGGUUUACUGUGACGAACGCAUGUGUGAGAAAGAUGUGCACUUAGACCCCCAAGAGAAGAAGCACUGUUUGGAUAUAGACGGCCAGUUCCUGAACACUGAGGUGAAAUCUACAAAUCACUGCGUCCAGCCUCCAAACGAACAGAAACCUUACAUUUACAUCAUUGUAGUAGUCGCUGUUGUUACUGUGGUGGUUGCUAUGGCGAUAUUGGUCAUGGUUUACCGUAAAAAGACUCGACCCUCCACGACUUUGCCUAACAUCCUGAAACGCUUCAUAACGGUGAAGCCGCCGACCAUCCCAGGAGUCCAGGACCCCAUCCACCCGCUGGAGGUGGAGCCCUCCUCGCCCACGCCGCUCAUCUCCCAAACUGACGUGGAGGAUGUAGAGAUCAAAACGCCAAACUACGACUCCCGCAGCUCCCCACUGCCCAUUUACGAAGUGUCCCAGGACAAUGAUGAGGGGCCCUCAGUGGGUGAACGGCCAGCGUACAUGGAGGGCAAGAAGCUGGAGGAAGAUGAGAGCGAUGAGGAGAAAGCGGUGUUCCAGUCAGACUAUGAGAGACGGUCUUUACCGAACAAGAGGGACGUGGAGGAAUAGUGACGCCUACGGAGGACUGAUUUUCCAAACAACAGCUGUUUUUAUGCCAUAAAGCUUACUGAAAGAAUCAGCAUUAACAUUUAGGAUGAAGGCUGACGACCUUCUCCGCUUCAAGAACUGACCAGUUCUGCUUUGCAACAAUAGCUCAAUUCUAGCUGUAAACUGGUGGCUGCAGGCAAACGAUUAGUUCAGUAAUUUGACUAAAAAUGCAUCUUUGCUCCUGAUAAAACGGCUGAAACCUUUACUCCAGACUGAAACUAGGUUAUGAGACCGUCCGUCGUCUUCUUCAGCUGACAGCGCAUUCAUAUUUAUAUAAAUAUUCUGAGAAAACUGCACUUUACUGCACUUAAAAAAACAACUUGUUUGAAUGUUAAUCUCAUUUGUUGCAGACUAAUGUCUUAGAACAAACAGGAAAGAAAUUGACAUUCCUACAUCUCCUGCCAAAAUAUUAUCUUUGCUGCCUCCAAUCAUUAUUCAGAUCUCAAUGCUUCUUUUAAUUAUAUUUUACAUUUCAGAAAGUCCUAUCUAAAUAAGCGGUUGAUUUUUUUGCUUGUUGGUUCUUAACAUUUCUUUAAUCAAAGACAGAUUUCUCUCAUCAAUCUCCACUGUUGUGUUUAGUCACUUUCUGUGUUGCUGUCGUGUGUUUUAUUUUGUUUUUUUUUGUUGCUAUUACUCAAAAGGGAGAUGCUUUUAAUUAAGAAUAAUUGCAAUUAGAAACAGAUUUUCUUCUUAGCUUUAAGAAACGUGAAACUGAACUACUGACAUUUUCUGAUAAGGCCUCACCAGAAAUCAUAACGGCUUAAUUCUUUUAAAAACAGGUCAGUUUAGUGAGUCUACAGUCGUGAUUCCAAACGUGGAGCUAUAAUGCUGCACAUCCAGCUGUAACCCCCGGUUUCUGUCUCUUCUUCUUUGGUUUUUACUGUUUAUAUGAAGCUGUGUGUGAAUCUUCAUCUUGCCGAUUGAAGCAAUUUUAGAAAAUGUGCAAAUUGUUGAUGCUCCAGCAUUCAUUAUUCAUCAAUGUUUGAAAACGCUGAUGUUUUUCACAGAAAGUCGGGCUGUAAAUCUAUACCUGCUGCUUGCUUGUUGACCGCUAAACCUGCUCAAAUGAUAGAAAACCUGUUGAAAGUGUCGUAAGUGAAGGUCUGGAAAGCUCUAGAUUUAAGGUGGAACUGUGGCCUUGGAGUAAAAUGGAAUUUUUCCAGAGCUGCUCAAGUAAAAUGUUGUUUGUCUUUAUUAAUUUUUAAUACCCGACUGUACUGAUAUAAUUUUUUUUUUUUUUUUUGGAGGAUGAAAGCAGCAGGCUGGGGGCUCGUUUUCCAGGAAGUCUGGACUUUUUAUGUGGUGGAAAAAUGAAAACCUAAUUUACUUUCCAAGAUCAAUAAGUGAAAAGGUGAUAAAAGCCAAAUAAUGGACCUUCUGAUGGACCAUGAAAAGAAAUUUCUUCUGACUGAAGCGUUCGUCCUCCACAUGCAUGUUCCAAUAAAACCGGAGUGAAAUCAAAA